UCAACAACGCAUUUUUCAAUCAAAUUCUAAAUUUGAUAUUCAACCAUUUAAUGUGAGUCCUGAUAAUUUCGAAUUGUUAAUUUCAACUCAAACCUUCAAAAAUCAAGCUGAUCGAUUCAAAAUUUCCGGCGGAAACUGUCACCACUCUCCCUUCACUGUUUUCUUUGGCAUUUUCUCCAUUUUUCAUCGGCGGCUAAAUCCGAAAUUAUUUCAACUGAUCGAUAACUUUAGUACCAAUGGAAGCUAAAUUUUUCCGCUUUCUCAAGAUUGUUGGGGUUGGUUACAAGGCGAAAGCAGAAUCUCAAGGCCGUCUCUUAUACCUUAGGCUUGGUUGUAGCCAUGUGGUUGAACUGACCGUUCCACCUGCAGUUCGCGUGUUCUGUUUCAAACCCAAUAUCAUAUGCUGCGCCGGGAUUGACGAGGAGAGGGUACAGCAAUUUGCUGCUUCUGUAAGGAGCUGUAAACCUCCUGAAGUUUAUGAAUGUACAUUGAUGAAGUUAUAAAAAAGAAGCAGGGGAAGAAAUCAAGGUAAUGCAUCUUGCCAGGGCUUGGCCUAGAGGUUAAGAGGCAAAUGGCAAUGCACAUAUAUAGUUCUUGAUUAGCUAAGCUGUUUUCUAAAAAUAACGUUUGAUCAUUCAUAAACAAAGAACAUACAGAAA